AUGCCUAUAGUCUCUCCCACAUCUUUGACCACCUUCCCACCCUUCGAGACACAUCAAGACAACCACAACCCACAGCACGACUCGCCGCUCGAGUUCACCUUCGAGGAACCCUUUGAGUUCGACUCGUUGGCAGUCAAGCCCGAAAUGGCUGGUGCUGGCUCUCCAUACAUCAAAUCUGAGCCCACCGAUUUCUCCUUCCAAUCACACCAAUACCAUCAGCAGCCACCGGCUUUCAACAUGAAUUCAAACCACAUGCAAAACGGCAUGAAUGGUGGCGACCAUGCCAUGGGCAAUUCCACCUUCAACUCAGCCUUUGCCCCCCAGAACAUGUCAUCGAGUUUCAACAUGGGAAAUUCAGGCCUUGCCGAUGAUGAGCUACUUGAUGGCAUCAACAUGGACGAUGGUCACCACAACAUGCAACACGGCCAGUUCAACAACGGCAACAUGAACCAACACUUCCUCACUCACGGCAGCAUGCCGAUGUCCAUGGGCCAACAACACCUGAACAGUAACAACAACUUCUACUCAUCCACACCUGAGGGUGCCCCUAUUCAGUCGCCCUUCGUCAACGACUUCAACUACGGCCAGUUCCGCCCCCAGUACAGUGUACCAACCACAAAUGGCUACAUGAACGGCCUGAAUGCCCCACAGGUUCACCAGAUGGAACGUAAGAUCUCUGACUCACGCUCACCUGCCACACCAAAUACUCCUGGAAUUUCCAACCUGCAUCUGGGUGAGCCAGAGUAUCCUUCGACAACCAUGGCUCAGCAACCUCGUGCCAUCAUGGGACACAGACACAACUCGAGUGUCAACAACUGGGAGAACGUGUCGAACCCCCACUCUUGGCAAGAUGUUUCACCUUUUGGCUCGCCAUCGAAUCCCAUGAUGCAGCACCAGCAGCACCCUCAGAUCACUGAGGUUCUCAAGUCCUCGAACGCAGGUGCCAACGGCAAGAUAGCAUCGUCGUUGCCCACAAAGAUGGAGAACCCUCCUGCUUUCCAAACCCAAGAAGCCAAGCGAAAGCGUAGAAGGGAAUCGCACAACCUUGUUGAGCGCAGAAGACGUGACAACAUUAACGAACGCAUCCAGGAUCUCGCUAGCCUCGUUCCUAUGCACAGACUGGAGGAUGAGAGGGUCCGAAAGCACCUUCAGACGAAUGCUCCUCUAUCGCCCUCCAUCGUAGCUACUGGCAUGUCGCCUUCUCAAGCCACAUCUUUGUUGGCUGGGGGCAACGGUAGAAGAGCUACUACCACAAAUGUGGGAACCGGCUUGCCCAUGGACGACAAAGACAAGGGCCCAAACAAAGGUGACAUUCUCAACGGAAGCGUCGCCUGGACCAGAGAUCUCUUGUGGUACCUGAAGCACACUCUCGACGAAAAUGCCGAGCUCAAAGCAAGAGCUCGUGCUCGAGGUGACGACUGGACUGCCACCGUGACCGAAGAUGGGAAACGCAUGGAGACCGAAGUCCGCGAGCUCAUGCAGAAGCUCAUUGCUACUGGCAAUCUUCAGGACUACAGCAGAGGCCAUGGUUCUGGACUUCGAGUCCCUGGUCACACAAAUCUUGCUGGCGAGCCCCUUCACGGACAGGAAGGCCAGUCUAACUACGGUCAAAGCCUCAGCCCCGGUUUCCAGAGCGGAAGCGGUGGUAUCAGCCCCGUCCAAGGAUACUGGCCUUCGACUGAUGAACCCGUCUUCAAGGAAGAGGACGAGUUCACCAUCAACGACCUCUAA